AUGAAAUUUGCCGAACAUUUAUCCGCACAUGUUACACCAGAAUGGACUAGUCAAUAUAUUCGAUAUGAUGACAUGAAAGAAUUACUUGCGCAAGCAAUGUCAAAAGCGCAACCGUUUGCUGAUGAUAGUGAUAACGUUCUUCGGGAACAAUUUUUCUAUCGUGUGGAUGAACAUUUCUUUCCAUAUUGUGAAAAAGAAGCGACUAAAAUCAAUACGUUUUUUGCAGAAAAACUUGCUGAAGCAAUACGACGAUGGGAAACUUUACAAAGUGAAAUAGGCCAUUUCGAACAAUCUCAUCGUCAUGGAUCUCGUCGUACAGAAACAUCAGCAGUAAAUACCACUGGUACUAAUGCGCCAAAUGAUGAUACAAAAUCAACGAAAAAGUCUCGUCGUUCCGUUCAUACAGAAGAAAAUCCUGGUACUGCAUCAUUAGCGCGUGUUUUGCCAGAACGUCUAAUAGAAAAAACACGUGAGAAACACACAAAACGUGUACAAUAUCGAAAACGCAAUGAUUUAAAAUUGGCAUUCAGUGAAUUUUAUUUAAUGCUUGUUUUAUUGCAAAAUUAUCAAACACUCAACUUUACGGGCUUUCGUAAAAUAUUAAAAAAACAUGACAAAUUAUUUCAAACUGCACGUGGUGAAGAAUGGAGAAAAUUACAUAUUGAUUCUGCUCCAUUUCAUACGUCGAAACGGGUUGAACUGUUAAUUAAUGAAGUUGAAACAAAAUAUACCGACGUACUCGAAGCAGGCGAUCGAUCACGUGCGAUGAAACGUUUACGUGUACCACCACUAGAAGAAAAACAAUCGCCGGCGGUCACAUUUCGCGUGGGAGUUUUUGUUGGUACGCCUAUAUUUAUUCUUCGUAAAGGAAAUGCAUCAAUAAUACUUGUUUUUUUUAUAGGAAUGAUUUGUCUUUUAGUACCAACUGUUAUAGUUCUUGGCACGAAUCUUCACGAUAGUCAAUCAACAAAGCCACUUGCUUGGCGACAAGCAUUAUUUCUCUAUCGUUCAACAUUUCUCAUUGUUCUUCAUAUUGUUCUAGUCGGUAUUAACGUAUAUGGUUGGUCAUCAUCGGGUGUUAAUCACGUGUUAAUAUUUGAAAUUGAUCCGAGAAAUCAUUUAACUUAUCAGCAAUUUUUAGAAAUUGGUUUUUUCCUGUUCGUUCUAUGGUUUUUAAGUUUCGCUGGUUUUAUUCUUUCGUCUUAUUUUGAUUUUUAUCCGUUCGUUCAACCCCUUGGUUUUGUUACUAUGAUUCUUUUACUAUUAUUUAAUCCAACACAAACACUUUAUCAUCAUGCUCGCUUUUGGUUUUUGAAAAUUAUGGGUCGCAUUAUUUGUGCGCCAUUCUAUCGUGUUGGUUUCGCUGACUUUUGGCUUGCGGAUCAAUUGACGUCGCUUGAAUUAUUAUUCUUUGAUAUUGAAUAUUUUGUUUGUUUCUAUAUUUACGAUGUUGGAUGGUGGCCAGUGGAUGCGUCAUCAGCCGGUCGUGGUUUCCUGUGUCAUAGUUGGCCGCAAGUUGCUGUUCAAACUAUUCUCAUGGCUGUACCGUCAUGGUUUCGUUUCGCUCAAUGUCUAAGACGAUAUCGCGAUACAAAACAAAAAUUUCCACAUUUAGUUAACGCAGGAAAAUAUGCUAGUGGAUUUUUUGUCAUAGGUACAAAUGCAGCACGUCGUGCAACCGCUAUAAACUAUAUUAAUAAUCCAGCAUCGAAUCCAUAUCUAUAUGUUUGGAUUGUGACGGCUUUUAUCGGAUCGACCUACAAAUUAAUAUGGGAUAUUAAAAUGGAUUGGGGUUUUUUCGAUAAAAAUGCCGGAGAAAAUAAAUUUCUACGUGAUCAAAUUGUUUAUCCAUCGAAAUUUUACUAUUACGCUGGCAUAGUAGAAGAUUUCAUAUUUCGCUAUAUUUGGGUUAUAAAUGUAUUUAUGCAAUUUCGUACAAGUUCAGCCGAAUAUACUGAUGUAAUUGGUUUUAUAUUUGGUUUAAUCGAAAUAUUUCGACGUUUUAUAUGGAAUUAUUUUCGUUUAGAAAACGAGCAUUUAAAUAAUUGUGGAGAGUUUCGUGCUGUACGUGAUAUAUCAAUAGCGCCAAUAUCAAAUAUUACGGAUUAUACAACACUAGAAGAUAUGAUGGAUAAAGAGAACGGCAUUAAAAAUCGACGACAAUCAAAACGACAUGAUUUACUGGGAAAAGUAAAUAAUCGAGAAAUAAAAAAGCAAACACAUGAUAAUGAAAAAUCCUUGACUCAUUUAUCAACAAAUUCAAGUCCAGUAAACGAAGAAUUCCACAAUCGAUUUGUUAUGGUAUCAUCACAAAUAUCUAUAGAUGAAACCGGAGAACAACAUGUCUUUUGA